AUGGCCCCCAACCAGAUUGGCCCCGUUGCUAGGGCCUGGUACAGGUGGAAGGCCCUCCGUCUGCCAUGGCGCAAACGCUUCCUCAUGGGCUAUGACCUCCAGGGCAACACAUACUGGGAGUUCCGACUCACGCGCGGCCUCGAGGGUAACGAGCGAUGGCGUCGCAUCGUCAAUUACCCACGGUCGACACACUACUCUUCCGUAAAGGUCAGUCCGCAGUGGCACCAGUGGCUGCGGCACACCCGGCAGGACCCCCCGACACUCGAGGAGCAAGAGGGCGACGUGGCGCGCCAGGUGAGGAUGAAGAAGCUCGCCGCCGAGGCCGACGCCCGGUGGGAGGCCAAGCCCCGUGUCAUGGAGGCCCCCGAGGCUGCUCCCGCGCCGCUGCUGUCGUCGGCGCAGGCUGGCAGUCCGCCACAGCAGGACGUUGGACGGGAGCGGCAGCCCCCCGCGGGCGCAAAGGAGGUUGAGGAAGAGGUUGAAAAGAGCGAUGAUCCAUGGGCAAAGGCAAAGGCUAGGGGGCCUGGCGAGAGCUGGCAACCUACAGCCUGGAACCCGACAGCGACAAGGAAACGAUGA